ACGUGAUUGGCUGACGAGAAGGCUAUCUGAAGUCUCGUGAUAGCAGAUCCAUUGUUGUGUUACGGCUUUAGAUUUUAGAUACAAGCCUGCCAUAUUAAAAUAAAUGUAAACACGAACAAUACAUCAUAAAAGUCACCGCUAACACAAUGCUUUCCCGUUUAUUAAAGGAGCACCAGGCGAAGCAAAACGAGCGCAAAGAGCUCCAAGAGAGAAGAAGACGCGAAGCCAUUGCUGCGGCUACCUGUCUGACAGAAGCUUUGGUGGACCACCUUAAUGUUGGGGUAGCCCAGGCAUACGUUAACCAGCGCAAGUUGGACCAUGAGGUGAAGACUCUCCAGGUGCAAGCCAGUCAGUUUUCCAAGCAGACGGCCCAGUGGAUCAGCAUGGUGGAGGGAUUCAAUCAAGCCCUAAAGGAAAUUGGAGAUGUGGAAAACUGGGCUCGGAGCAUUGAGAUGGACAUGAGGACAAUAGCCACUGCAUUGGAGUAUGUCCACAAGGGUCAGCUUCAGUCGGCUUCAUCCUAAGCAUGAGGAGGAUGGACGUGUCAUGAACUGCCAGCUUCAAAGCUGAAACCCCAGCUGCUCUGCAACAAGAGGCAUAUCAGAAAUAUGGAGAUCAGGAGACCAGCCCUCGUUUUAACACCGAUGACUUCAAGACGCCUGAUGCUCCCUGCUGAGCCCAGCUUGAAUUGUGCUGAAUACUGUGGUGUUCAAGGAAUAACUGAAGAAAUGUAUUUAUAAUAUAUGCAAGGCUGCAAUGUUUAUUUUCAAUAUAUUUAAUGUUUGGUACUCACAAAUCAUGUUCCCUUGUUACUUUAACUGCUGAUCAAUAUCUUCAGCAAAAACACAGCUGUGUUCAGUUUAUCUGCAGUAGCUAUGAUUGUCGAGGCAAGUGCACAAGUGGCUGUUAUGCAAAACGGAGAGCAAUAGUCAACUGUGACUGAGAAAUGGGUGAGAUGUGUGAAAUUGGAUUUAUUGACAUGUAGCUUUAAGAGGCCGUGAACAAGAUUACCUCUUGUGUUCUUUACCAUGGUAGCGCUAUCGCUGCUUGCCCUGAGGUAGGCUUUUACACUUUUAAUCCCUCUGUUCUGUAUUUUAUUAUUUUCUUUAGCCAAAGUUUGUUCGAAAUAUUACACAUCUAGCUGAAAGGCUAGCUGUAACAUCUUAAUAAACACGCACUAAAAAGUUAA